AUGGACGGAGACAAUGCUCCUGUCGACGAUGUGAGGGCUCCUGCCGUUGGCGUGAAUGCUCCUGCCGCUGACGACCGGGGCCGACGCCCCAAUCCACCUGAGAGAGAGAGAGAAGAAGAAGAAGAAGGGAGAAGCGGGGAGCGGAUCUAUCUACAAAAUGUGUCUGAUUUGGCUGCGUCUAACUCCACUGCGCCUGUCUCGACUGCGUCUGUCUCGACUGCGUCCGACUUCACUGCCUCUGUCUCAACUGCGUCUGACUCGAUUGCCCUUGUCUCGACUGUGCUUCCGAAUAUCGAUCUGAAUCAUACAGUUACGCUAACGAAUCCGUCGGUGCGAAGAUUGUCUCAAGCAGUAACAAGAAUAAAAAGGAUACACAGCAAUCCGAAAGAAACCAAACCGCCAACCAACUAUCUGUUUGCAUCAGAUAUCGACGAGGAUACAUUCGAACGUCUCUGGAGUGACUGCAGACUGUUUCAUGGUACAACAGUCACGCUGUGGAGAUCCCAACGCGCCGCUCUCUAUCGAAUCAUGCCUAAUCACCAACAUGAGCAUUUCUGCCAGGGUUUUGCCAGCAUUAUGAUUGAAUGUCUGUUGCAGAUGCAUCUCUCGUUCUCCAAUCGUGAUUUCGAGCCCUCGGGCUCAGAACGUAUACGAGGAGUAUCCACAAGCAAAGAACCAGAUUGGGCUUUCCGGCCAGGACCAAUACCCAGCUCAGGCCAUUCGCCACCACCGUCCCUUAUACUGGAAGUCGGUGUCUCAGAGUCGUACUCAUACUUGCUUGGAGACGUCCAGUGGUGGUCUACAAACGCCCCAGUUCGACCUGGAAUGGUCGUUGUUAUACAUGCAACCUCCAGCCCACCCUUCAGGGUUGUCAUUGAAGUUUGGCAAGAUUGUGCUUUCGAUACGCAACACAACACCCGAAUCGCCCCUCACACCCGAUUUCAACGAGAUCAACGCAUCGAAAUCGAAGGUAGAGUGAUUCGUGGUGGGCCCUUGCGGCUGGACUUCGCUUUGCUCAUAAGACGAGAGCCAAACCCUCCGAUUGAACGAGAUGUUGAAUUCACUAAUCAAGAACUGUUAGUUCUGGCAGCGCGCUGUUAUUGA